AACCAACAUCUUUAAUCCGAUGAACUGAACUCAAAUUCCUCUGCAUGUCAACUGACGCGUCGUCAUAAUGGGAUAUUUUUCUAUCAGGUUCGGCCGGCUCAGUCAUCUGUUCGCAUGGAGAAAGUGUAAAUCGCGUGUUUUGGAGUUUUCCUCGUGAAAGACUACCGUGAAAAGCCUGCUUUGCACAAUGUUGAUCAGUCUUUGCUAUUGCAGAAUUAUAGUUAUAAGAAAUCGGCACAUUUUUGUGCGUCCUGUGAUAAAAUCAGUGAAAAAUGUCCGUUGUUUUGCCAACUUGCCUCACAACAAUAUUCUUCCGGACAAGAGGACUUCCCAGAUCUCAUCAGAUGAGACGAGCUGGAUCAAGGACCAGUACCAAAAAGCCAUAGGGAUAGUUGAGGAGUUGUCUGGUGUGAAGGAAAUUCGAGCGUCUCAGGAUGAAGUGAUAAAGAUCCAGGACAAACUCUGGGACACACAGGAAGAGAGAAGACUGCUGUUGCAGAACUUACUGGAGCUCCGUCGGAACAUCCAGACGCUGAACAACGAUAUCCAUGCCAUGGAGAAGGGAAAUCCUCACUAUCUGGAGCUGGUGAAGAGGCAGAUUGAGCUGAUGCAGAAGGAGAGAGAAGCAGACAACUACUUCCAGGUUGUCGACGCCAGUGAGAGGAAUCUCUUCACUCAUCUCACGUCUGCCGUGAAGACGUCGCACGAGAAGGAGCGCAAGCAGUCGGAGAACUCAAAGUACUUCUCGAUGAUGCUCUCAAUGUGCACGGCUGUGCUGGGAAUUGUGGGCAGCACAGUGGUGUAUCACUUGCGCAAUAAGAACCAAAAGACUCUGAUUGAUCGCAGUGACAGGAUUGAGCAGGAAAUCGUCGAGCUGAAGAGCAAAGUUGGGGUGAUUACAGACUUGGAGAGUGCCGUUCUGGAGGCGAUUGAGCACUUAAAACCGAAGGAUGUGAAGCGAGAGUCCUGGUCUGAGUACUUCUACAGACACGGCAGCACAGUUUAUAGAUGGUUCGUGCCGAAAAGAUGAGAAUUAGCAGAGACUUAGGGAUUUAUAUUAAAACUUUGUGAAUGCAAAAGAAAAACAUUUUAAGGCUCCAGCACCGAUGCAGCAAGUGCCAGAAAGCUACUUGGGC